AUGGAUCCUUUCGGUGGAGUGCAGCAGUUUUGGGAUCUCUCGCAGCAGCCAAACACGUUUUCUGCGCUGCCGGAUGACGAUUUCCUUGCGUUCCUGGAGAAGCAAUUCCCCAGCGCCGUGGGCAACAACAACAUCAGCCACUUUGAUGGCAUUCCCGAGGUCGUUGAUCCCCAAAACCUCAGUCGUUUCCCAAUACCGAAUCCUACUCCCCCUUCCAGCGACAGCAGCCCCAGUCCUCCAAGUAUCAACCAUGAACAUAGCCCUUCGAGGCCAGAGUCAGGGGUGUUCAACAAUUCGACGUCUGCGUCCACCAGCGUGGAGCCGGAGGAUCCGGGACUCAAGCGUAAAGCAAGCCACGAUAGUAUGGUUGAUGAACCGUCGCAUAAGAAUCAGCAUACAACCACCCCUUCUCCCUCUGCAGCUCACAAUAAGAAGAUGACGAGCUCUCGUCGUAAGUCCACUGGAAACCCUUCGCAAGAUGAGACCCGUCUGUUGAAACGUAAGGAGCAGAACCGUGCCGCCCAAAGGGCGUUUAGAGAGCGUAAGGAGAAACACGUCAAGGAUCUCGAGGACAAAGUCGCUGCCCUCGAGGCAAAAAACCAAAUGACCGAGUCGGAGAACGAGAACCUCCGUGACCUACUGUCUCGACUUCAGAAUGAGAACAUGAUGCUGAAGCAAGCAGCGUUUACGUUCUCGGUGCCUCGAGACAAUGGGUCCAAUAUGGGCAACGGGGGCUUUGGUACCACCAAUGGCAACCCGCCGCAAUCGUUCAACUUUGCAUCACCUGGAGCUGGACCGAGCAGAGCGCCCAUAUCACCGCCGCAGCCGCAUCCACCACUCAACUUCAACUCGCUCAUCUCGUUCGAUCCGAACAUGUUGAACGUGCCGGAAGAACCUACGGCGACAGAGGGGGCGAUGAACAUGGACUUUGGCUUUGGUCAGCCACAUUGUCAGUACAAGACAAUCGCGGCCAACCCCAUGUUCAUGUCGUUCGCUGAGCCAUCUCCGUACGACUCGUCAGCCAAGUCCAUCACCGGGAACGGGAAUGGGCAGAAUGGCAACGCACAGAACGGCAAUGGACAAAACACAAACUAUUUCAAUAACUUUGAUGUCGGCUCGUUUAGUGAUUGGACACCACCGGACGAGUCGAGCGGGUUGGACCAAUUGUUCGGUGGAAACUAUAUUGGCCCACAGAAUGGCGUGGAUUUCAAUGCGCUGCUGAAGAGCCCACCGAGCUCGAUAAGUCCCGUCUCACACGCGAGUUUCCGCUCAACAUCGUCGUCAUCACCAUCAUCGUCCUCAUUAUCAAGUCCUGGCAAUGGCGGAGAUUGCACGGGUACCAACCAGUGUCCGAAGACGAAGGAGGAGCUGGCGAAGCACAUUCAGAAGGAGGGCAGCUCGUCCUUCACACAAUGCGACAUGCCUAUUGCGCCCUUCUUGCGCAAGCAUGCGGAUGAGAGUGGCGGUCCGAUGAUCAUGUGCAAGGGGAGCUCGUUCCCACCGACGGAGAAGAGCGACAAGAACGUCGAAGUGCUCACUGCGUGGCGGAGCAUCACGAGCAAUCCUCAAUUCAAGGAUGUUGAUAUCAAUGAGCUUUGCUCAGAAUUCACGAGCAAGGCAAGAUGUGACGGGACGAAGGUCGUGCUUGAGCCUCAGGGUGUACACCACAUCAUUGAGACGCUCGCCGCCAAGAGGCAACAGCAGGGCAAGCAGUAG